GAACCAGCCCCCCUCCCCCCGCCUGCCAACCCUGCAGUCUGGUCCUGGAGCCCGCGCCCACUCCGAACGAGUUCCCUGAGCAGCCUGUACUCCGGGAAGCCGGAAGAGGCACAGGUCUGUCCUCGGUUUUUGCAGGUCAGUGUGAAGGCGGUGGGCGCUGCCGGCAGGCAGACCAGGAGCAGAAGUGGAGGUGGGGAGCAGCAGCAUCCCACAGAAACUGGUCUGCACAUUUGUUGUGGCCAGGCUCUGUGAAGACUGAAAAGAAGGAGCCACCUGCCCAGGAUCCCUGCAGGACAGGAACAGGAGGGGAAAUCUCGACAUGAAAAAACUCUGCAGUGAAAAUGAAGGAAAACCAGAAAAGGAAGGAAAGGCAGAAGACAAAAUAGAGCCCGAAGAUGAAGGGAAGACCGAAAAGGAAGAAAAGCCUGACCAUGAGGGGAAGCCAGCACAUGAGGGGAAGCUGGAGGGUGAAGGAGAGCCAGAUGUAGAGAGACAAGGGGACGAUGAGGGCAAGGCUGAAAUACAGAGCAAGUUGGGGGAUGAGGGCAAGCCACAGGGUGAGGGUGUGUUAGAAUCCCAGGCACAGCCAGCCAGCAAGCAGUUGCCUGCUGAAAAGCACCUGGCAGAAGGUUAUGUGCCCCGCAAAGCAAAAAGAAAAACUGAUAGGGGGACUGAGGAUUCCCCCAAAGACUCUCAGGAGAAUAUACAGGACAGCCAUUUGAGCAGAGAGGAGAUGAUGAGAGAGUUCACAGAUGUGUCAAAAGGUCAGGAAGAGCUAAGGAAAAAACAGAGGAUAAAUAAUUUUUACUGGAUGCAAAGAGAGCUAUUGGAUGCAUACCCCCCAAGGAGCCCAAGAGGUGUCAGGGGAAUGAGAGGUGGAGGUAAGGGCCAAAGAGGCUUGCCCGAUAUCCCAUACCUUUAAUGCGUUUGGCCUUUUAUUCUGACUUCUCUGAUGAGAAUACUGCUGGCCCUGCUUCCCUUGGUAGAUACUUGCCAGGCCCUGUACUUUAACCUUAAGCUAUUACUUUGCUUUAGGUGUCACUGUCCUUCCCACCUACUGCAUUUUGUCUUUUAGUACUGGAUUUUCUCCCAUGUGCAUGGAAGAGAUGUUCAUGGUAUGUUGUAAAAUAACAAUAAAAAAGCAGUUUGCAGAACCACAUA